AUGGCUUGCAACUCUUUCAUCUCUGUCCUUCCAGUCUUUAUGGAAGCGGCCUGGAGCAUCAUCACCAAUCUCUCCGAUCAGCUUUCACAGGCUGAUGCAGAAGAAAGAUCGAAGCACCGCUGGUUUGCCAACGGCAAGGCACUCUCCGAUUUCAAUCCGGAAGAGUUCCAAGCCACCAAAGAGGCAGUCCUGAUGAGUUUUAGUGGGGGCAACGCCGAGCUGCAAACGUACGAUAUGUAA